AUGAAGGAAAUUAUCCUCAAAGAGUCCACGGCAUCGUCAAAACGACCAACAGGUAUUAUUCUGAAUGUCGACUCGGCGGUCGCAGGCCGUAUAGACUCGGGGUCCAAGAUGACGAUAAGGUGUGGCACCAAGAAUGUUAUUCGCAUCAAUACGCCCCGCAAGAAGCCCUUUGAAUUGGAGCUUGCAGAAUGGGAGCAAAUGACACUGGACCUCUAUCGGGUGAUGUCGUCGUCGCGCACUCAAGCGCGUCACGUGACUACGAUCGGGACAUGUUGUCGGAUGGUACCCAAGAAAGAAGCCAAGCAACACCGUGCGUAUGUCUCUAGCCAUGACGAGAACACAGCACAACUCAAAUCUUCACUUUUAGGUCCAAUUUCCUUGUCGGACUUUGCGGAGCAGGAGGAUACAAGCAAGGGGGGUGUCCCACCUGUGAACAGAGGGAAGGAACCGAGUUUAGAAAGCACCUUUCGGCGGGAACGUGUGACAUCUAGUGAUGACCAACGUGUUGAGCGAAAAGUAUCGUCCAAAACCGAAUUCUCUUCGGCUCAGACAACCGGUGGGAUCACGGAAAUUCCCGUCGCAUCGAGACCGAAAGCACGCUCUAAAACCCGAGAAUUGGCACCGGAAAUUCAUCGAGAGCGUACUGUAUCUAGUGAGGGCUCUAAAACCCGAAACCUGGCACCGGAACUUCAUCGAAAGCGUACUCUGUCUAGUGAAGGGUCUAAAACCCGAAACCUGGCACCGGAAACUCAACGGACUGUAUCUAGUGAAGGCUCUAAAACCCGAAACUUGGCACCGGAAACUCAACAGACUGUAUCUAGUGAGGGCUCUAAAACCCGAAAUUUGGCACCCGAAAUUCAUCGAGAACGGACUGUAUCUAGUGAAGGGUCUAAAAUCCGAAGUUUGGCACCGGAACUUCAUCGAAAGCGUACUCUGUCUAGUGAAGGGUCUAAAACCCGAAACCUGGCACCGGAAACUCAACGGACUGUAUCUAGUGAAGGCUCUAAAACCCGAAACUUGGCGCCGGGAAUUCAUCGAGAACGGACUGUAUCUAGCGAGGGCUGUAAAACCCGAAAUUUGGCACCGGAAGUUCAUCGAGAGCGUACUGCAUCUAGUGAGGGCCAUGUAGUGAAGCGUAAAGUGCCAUCCGAUGCCGAGGGUAGGUCUAAAGAACGGAAAGCAAGUGCAAGAACGAAGGCAGCUCCAUCUUCGUCGAGUCUCAAACAAUCCAUUAAGGACGUGCCUGGUAUUGUAAUUCAGCGUACCACGUCAAUGGAGGCUCAGACAACCAAGCGCAAAGUUUCUCCAAACGUCGCUAGCAAUUCACGAGCCAAUAGACUUACUGGUGGGGUCAAGUCAUCUGGACCUUCUGUCAACUCUGCCCCACCUUCCGGUACGCCGGAAUCGACACCAGAACGUGUCAUCAACUUGGAACUCGUCAAGCUUUCUGAACGCCCAGCUGUCAAGCGCAAGGCUUCCGCGACUUCCGAAAGCCGGCACAAAGAAAAGAAACUCGGAAAGCUUGUUCCAUCGUCUUGUAGUCCUGAUCCAUCUCCCAAAAUGCGAAAAUUAUCAUCAAACACGUCUUCUGGUGCGCACAAGCCAAUACCCGCCUCAUCGAAUUCGUCACCUCCUUGGCAGAAAAUGAGUAUACCAGAACUAAAAGCAUACACUCAAAAGCUUCAGCAAAAAGCGGAUGAAGUAGAACAUGAACUGAACACCUUAUGUGCGCGGGAUGAAGAAUUUCAAUCCAGAUUGGAUGAAAUCAUGCUAUCGGAUGCAGCUCUGCAGUACGACGAAUUGGGUGAGAUGUUUCCCGAAAUGAAAGAGCCAGAUGCCUUGUUUGAACGAUGGGAUAAUUGUUUGGCGCGUCGUGAAGCAUUGGCCAGUGAGGGUGAGGCUAUCAAGGUUUUUCUAAUGGAGCGGAAUCGGAAGAUGCGGGCGCGUAUCGGGAUAUAGACCUUUUGGAUAUCUGUAUCAUGUAACUAUAAUUGAAUUUGUAAAUAGCAUAUAAGAAUACAUUAAUGUACAAGUAAGACCGG